UGCUUCGAAGAAGGAGCGUAUCCUAUAUAGUAUGAAAUUGCAGAAUGUCUGAAUUAAUAAGUAAUUGCACAACAUUAACGCAAGGACUUAAAUUUCCAUUUUAUUUUAUUUCAUUAAGUAUAGGUAUAUACCAUUCACUUUGUAAAGCAAUGCUCAAGUGUAUGUGUUUUGUGUUCUCACUUAUGCUGUUAAAAGGCUUAGUGUGCUCUCCACACCAUAGUCAUGAUCAUACGGACCAUUGCCAUGUUCAAAGUAAAUCAGGCGUAAUACAUAUUGAUGUAGGUCAAACAGUUUCAAUACCAAGAGAAUGCAUGGGCGCACGAUGUGAGAAAAAUGUGACGGUAACCGAACUUCAGUGCAUGAAAGAAGAACCCAAAGUGCGCUCCAGUAAUUGCACCCUAACGAAUCCUGAUUAUACAAAAGAGUUUCCCGAUUGUUGUCCCUCUAUGAUGUGUAAUCACUCAACAUGACUUCCUUCCGGUCACAGGUGUAUUGGUAACACAAGAAACUGUCAAAAUAAAAUGUCUGUAUACUGUAAAUCAAGAAUUUUGAAAACUGUAAAUAUUUAAAUUAAAAAAAUUAUUUUAUGCAAA